AUGUGUGGGCAUACACAAGUGUUUGAAGUUCACUUCACUAAUGGUGAAGUUUUAUGCAUAGGUAGUGAUGUGGCUGAAGUGACAAUUUCAAUAGUCCCCUCCACAUUUUGCAAAGGUGAUGAGUGCAGUGUCUAUGACAACUUUCCCGGAAUCCCUUUGGAAGACAUGUCAGAAGCUGUUGGAGAGGUCAACACUUUCUCCUCUCUCAAACUUCCAGAACCAUCUUCUCCAGCAACAUCGAAUGAAGAAUUCACCGUGAAUGAUGGGUCUCCUUAUAAAGCCCCCAUUUAUAUUCCCGAUGACAUUCCCAUUCCUCCCGAGUUUGAACUCCGAGAGUCAAACAUUCCAGGGGCUGGAUUAGGAAUAUGGACCAAAAGGAAGAUCGAGGCAGGUGAGAAGUUUGGGCCGUACGUCGGAGAGCAGCGAGCCAAUCUUAAAGAUCCCAGCUGUGGAUGGGAGAGAACUUCUGUGACCCCGCAAGUUUUUGACUCUUGGCUCUGCUCUGCUUGAGAGCAUCUGAAAUCAGCACAGAACAGUCUUGCCAGACUGAGAGUCAAUUUGGAGAAGGGACUGACCAGUGGCUACUCAGGAAUUCACGUAGACAGA